UCUUGAAGACGUUGACCGAAUGCGAGAAUUUCAAGUUUUCCUCGAGCAGUGCCACAGUGUGAAAUGUUUUCUAGGUGUGGUUUGUUGUAGGUUGUCUUUCUGUGGAGGAGGCUUUCUUACCGACAGAUGUGAAUCUACUUUGUUGGCUCAGCAGCAGACCUGCUCUUCUCUACAUAACCCACCAAUGGCCAGCAAAUGCUCCAAAAAUGAACCGACCAUACAUAAUAAUGAUGCACUCAGGAUUGUGUUGGUGGGGAAGACCGGAGCUGGGAAGAGCGCCACAGGAAACAGCAUUCUGGGAAAACGUUCCUUUAAAUCAGAGUUUUCUUUUAACUCUUUGACUGAAGACUGUGAAAAGGUCUUUAGUGUAGUGGAUGGGCAAAUAGUCUAUGUCAUUGACACUCCGGGUCUGUUUGACACCAGCAUUGAUGAAAAGAAAACUAGGAGAGAUAUUGCCCAGAGCAUUGCUUAUGCUUCUCCUGGACCUCACAUCUUCUUGGUUGUCAUCAAAAUAGGCCGAUUCACAGAGGAAGAAAAGAAGACGGUGCAGAAGAUUCAGGAGAUCUUUGGAGAGGAAGCAGACAGAUACAGCAUGGUUCUCUUUACCCAUGGUGACCUGCUCAAAGGGAAACCUAUUGAGGAGUUAUUGAAGACCAGCAAAGAGCUGCAGGAACUGGUGGCCAAAUGUAACGGCCAGUACCACGUCUUUAAUAACGAGGUAAAGGAUCCUUCUCAGGUUAGCGAGCUGCGCAACAAGAUCAGAACUAUAAUAGCAAAGAACGGAGGACGUCAUUACACCACUGCCAUGUUCCAGAGGGCAGAGAGGGCGAUAGAAGAGAAGAAACAACAAAUCCUUAAAGAGAAAGAAGAGCCACUGCGCAGAGAGAGGGAGGAACUGAAAAAGAAAUUCAAGAAAAUGUUUGGUAUUACAAUGAGGGAAGAGAAAGCUGACAAGGAGAGAGAGAAAAGGCUAAGUGCAGCUUAUGAACAAGAAAUGGAAGAUAACACAAAGCAACUGAUUGAAGGGCAGGAAGCGCAAGCUAGACGGGAAGCUGAGAAAAGCACUGGCGUACUCAACGUUAUAGUUUCGGGUGUAUAAGCAUUAGCGUUGGGUGCUGUUUGUGUUGUGAAAGUAAUAAAAUAACAUACUUAUAUUUUGCAUGAACAUGCUGCAUCUUGUUCACUGGAUCCUCUGUGGGUUUUUUUUGGUUACUGUUAGAAAAUGUUACUGGUUAUUGACAAUUUACAUAUUUAAAGUGUUGGUUUGUUGUGUGUGAUGCCACUUAGCCAUCUGGAUACUGGCUCUCUUUUCAUCAAGAAUCCCCACUGAGAUACGAGUUUUUGGAAAACUUUUAUCAUCAUGGGUGGGGGUUUGAUAUCCUCUGUUGUUAAUAUAUGUACAAGAUGAUCCAUACAUGUUUAAUGAUGCCACAGGUUGUAAAUCAUUUGUUGAUAUGCUGAUUAUGAAAUAAAGCUGAUAAAAAAU